AUGGCAUCACUCGGCGCUAGCGAGGUCAACAAGACCAUCCUGCGGGCAGGCCAAGCCAUCGCAGGUAGCCGUUCCAUCGCGCUGCUCGGUGCCGCUGGCGGUGCCAUCGAAAUCCUUCACUUCCUCAACUCUCUCCACACCGUAUCGCCCGUCUGGGGCGAACUUCUCAAAAGAGUCUCUCCCAUGACGUUCAUCACAGCCAUCUAUGAAGCCUUUCGUGAAAAGUUCACGCGCUGGAUGCAUGCUUCCGUGGUCAUCUCCCAAGCUCACCCUCUGUACAAGCACAUUUUGACCCACAUGAUCGAACACGGUCUCGCAAAGGAUGCCCGCGACCUCUCCAUCGAUCCGCCCAAAGGUUCGGGAGACCAGAAAGACGAGAGGGAGUUCUAUAAGUCGCCGGCCGAGCUUGAGAAGUUAGCCGAAAACGAGAAGAAGCGCGGUAAGGUAGAUAUGGUGCCUGCCUUGCAAUCCAAAUUCGCUUUCACCUAUGCAGGUUACCAAAUGUGGUUCGAGCGCAACUCGAUCAAAGCUGGUGACCAUAUGAGUACCGUCAUCGUCAUUACCUGCCGAUCUUUUGGAGCUGGUCCUCAACCAAUUCAGAACUUUUUGCAGCACGUCCAGGAAGUAGCGACGACUGAGAAGCCUGGCGAGCGAAUGACAAAAAUCUUCCUCGUUCAUCCUAGUUGUGCGGUCUGGGGCGACGCCGUUUCCCGUCGAGCGCGAGGCUUGUCUGCCGUGACGUUGGAUGAGCACAUCAAGGAUUCUCUGGUCGAUGAUAUAUCCACCUACCCUGACCCCAAAACCAAGACGUACUACGCAAACCGCGGUAUCCCAUACCGUCGAGGAUAUCUAUUCUAUGGCCCUGGAGGCACUGGUAAGACUAGCUUUGCGACUGCGAUCGCCGGACACUUUAAACUUGACGUGUUCAUGCUAAGCUUGUCGAAUCCAGAGCUCAGCGACGUCAAGCUCCAACGCCUCUUCGAUGACCUACCUAGCAAAUGCAUCAUCCUGCUCGAGGACGUGGACUCGAGUGGGAUUGAGCGGGGUAAUAUGCGGAAGAGCAAAGCUGAAGAUUCCGAGGAGGAAAAGUCAAAGUCGAGCAAGAAGGGCGUGACACUCAGCGGCUUGCUUAAUGUCCUUGACGGCAUCAAUAGUGGCGAAGGUCGUAUCACUAUCAUGACCAGUAACAGCCCUGACUCUCUCGAUCCCGCGCUUGUCCGCCCUGGUCGCAUUGACGACAAGAUCCUGUUCGGCUACGCAUCACGCCAGGUCGCCAUGAAGCUCUUCACUCAUAUCUUCAAGAAGUCCGUCGAGGAGCUCGCUAACGGCGAGCUUGCAGGCACUCACGACUAUGCCGCGCUUGCAAACAAAUUCGCUGACAGUCUUCCAGCCGGUAAAUUGACUCCUGCCGAGAUUCAGGGCUACUUGCUUCGUCAUCGUAAGGACGAUAUCGAGAAGGUUGUUGAGGAUGCCGCGGCUUUUGCAACGACGACUAUUCAGACUCGUGAGACGGGUGCUAACGUUGUUGGUUUCGCCGGAGAUGGUAAGAAUGAGAAGCCGGUUACUGACAUUGCAGUCGACACUGCCCCAGGACAGAUUCAGAGCGCCACAGUUCCAUCCGGCGGAGAUGGUAAGAUUAUGUGGCCAGCUGUCAAGGUCACUGAUGAGUCCGCAUCGGUGGAGGAUCUGACGUCCACGACUGACUCUGACUCUGAAUAUGACGAGUCAGUUACAUCUGACAGCGAAGCAGACGAAACGUCAUCGCCAGAAACAGCGACUAAGCUCAUCGGGCCCUCUCCUCCUUACAGCUUCAUUGAUCCUCUCGUUGCUCAGGCGUUUACACAAAUACCUGCCCUCAUUGCUCUGCCCAUUCUGUUCCUCAAAGCCUCCUCCGCCACGCGCCGAUCCCAUGCUCUGUGCCUCCGGCCCCGAAUCUCCUUCCUAGGCUCCGGAUCCGCGUAA